AUGUGCCACCCCCAGAAGCACAUCCUUCAGGGUGGAACAGCAUCUCCUGCAAAUAGUUUUUCAGCAGACAGAGGCCGAGGGGGCAGUAAGCGCAGUCCCCGUGGCUGUGGUGGGGGUGGCUGCGGGCAGGCCCUGGAGCUGGGGGUAGUGAGACCCUCGGGGGGGCAGCGGGUGGUCGAGCGCAGUGACGGGGAGCUUGAAGCAGGUGGUGGGAACUGGUGUAACCAGUGGCGCCUGCCCCUUCGAGCGGGCAGCAUGGGGGGCUCGCUGCUGGAGAUGGGACGGCUUUGUCUUCAUAGAAGAUGCCUUGCAGGCGAGAAUCACACUAGAAGGAUAAAUGCAAGUGAAAUUCAAAGAUUUUCAGAUUUUCCAUUGUCAAAGAAAACUCUAAAAGGAUUGCAGGAAGCUCAGUAUCGUGUGGUAACGGAGAUACAGAGGCAAACCAUUGGUUUGGCUUUACAAGGCAAAGAUGUACUUGGAGCUGCAAAGACUGGAUCAGGCAAAACCUUGGCUUUUAUUGUUCCUGCUUUGGAACUCCUGUAUCGCCAUCAGUGGACUUCAGCUGAUGGACUGGGAGUUCUGAUAAUAUCACCUACCCGGGAACUGGCAUAUCAGACCUUCAAAGUUCUACGUAAAGUGGGAAGGAAUCAUGAGUUCUCAGCUGGUCUUGUCAUUGGAGGAAAGGAUCUGAAAGAAGAGUCUGAAAGAAUCCACCAAAUAAAUAUGCUAAUUUGCACUCCAGGACGGCUUCUACAGCACAUGGAUGAAACUUCAUAUUUCUAUGCAUCUGAUCUGCAAAUGUUGAUUCUUGAUGAAGCUGAUAGAAUUCUAGACAUGGGGUUUGCUGAUACAAUGAAUGCAAUCAUAGAAAACCUACCUAAGAAACGCCAGACCUUGCUUUUUUCCGCAACACAAACAAAAUCUGUGAAGGAUCUUGCACGACUGAGUCUGAAAGAUCCAGAAUAUGUUUGGGUUCAUGAGAGCGCCAAAUUCAGUACCCCAGCAACUUUGGAUCAGAACUACGUUGUUUGUGAGCUUCAGCAAAAAGUAAACAUGCUGUACUCUUUCUUGAGAAGUCACUUGAAAAAGAAGAGCAUUGUGUUUUUUGCAAGCUGUAAAGAGGUUCAGUAUCUGUUCAGAGUCUUCUGUAAGCUUCAGCCUGGUCUUCCUGUGCUGGCACUCCAUGGCAAGCAGCAUCAGAUGAAAAGAAUGGAAGUCUACACUUGUUUUGUUCGGAAAAAAGCAGCAGUACUUUUCGCUACAGAUAUUGCAGCUCGUGGCCUGGAUUUUCCAUCAGUGAACUGGGUCAUUCAGUUUGAUUGUCCAGAAGAUGCAAACACAUACAUCCACAGAGUGGGAAGAACAGCCAGAUACAAAGAAGGUGGUGAAGCUUUGUUAGUAUUGCUUCCCUCAGAAGAAAAAGGCAUGGUGGAACAGCUGGCACAGAGGAAGGUACCUGUCAGUGAAAUCAAAAUUAAUCCUGAAAAACUUACAGACAUCCAAAAGAGGAUGCAAGCUUUCUUAGCUCAGGAUCAGGAGUUAAAAGACAAGGCUCAAAGAUGUUUUGUGUCCUACUUGCGUUCAGUUUACUUAAUGAAGAAUAAGGAAGUAUUUGAUGUUUUCAAAUUGCCUCUAGCAGAAUAUGCCCUAUCACUUGGUCUUGCAAUGGCACCUCGUGUGAGAUUUCUUCAAAAAGUUCGAAAACAGCUACGUAUGAAUGAGGCAGCUGAUGGGACAGAUCACUUGCAGGAGACAGAGCAAAAUAAAAAUACCCUCCCCUUGAUAAAUGGGGAAGGAGUGGAGAAACGUGAAAUUCAUUUCAGUGGAAAGGUGUCUGUUAAUAAAGCAAAGGAAAAGGAGAGAAAGAAAGAAACCGAGGAAUGUUCUGCUUCCAGUGAAGGUGCUGAGGAGAAUAGUGAGUCUGAGGAUGAAUCAAAAGAGAUAUCUGAAGAGGAGGAGGAAAAAGAAGUUCCUGUACUGAACACGGUACCAAACCCAGACUCCAUGCAGUUCUUUGAAGAUGACGACGACGAUGAUGAUACUAAAGAUCUUGAUUUGCUGACAGUGAAACGACAGAAUGUUUUUGGUGUGGAAGCUAAAGAUAAUCCAGCACCGAAUACAUCAAAAUUGAAGAAAAAAACAACUAAAACCCAGGAAGCCAAAAAAAUCUUGAAGAAGAAAUUUAAAGUCAACACAAAAAUAGUCUUUACUGAAGAUGGAGAGCUAGUGCAGCAGUGGCCACCGGUGCAAAAAUCCAGUUUGGCGAAAGCAGAUGAGGAAGAUGAUGCCAGUGGUAUCAACUUAGAUAAAGCUAAAGAAAUACUGCAGGAAGAAGACAAAUUUGACAAAGAAGAAUACAGGAAGAAAGUAAAGGAAAAACAUCGGGAGAAAAGGCUAAAAGAAAAAGCAGCAAGGAGAGAAGCCAGGAAUAAGAAUGCACAGGUUGAAGAGGAAACAGUGGCCUUUCUUGCUCACAGUGGAAGUGACGAAGAGUUUGAUCCAAGUACUCUUCCAGAUCCUGACAAAUACAAAGAUUCUGAUGAAGAGCAGGAUUCAGAAAGCAAAGAUAGCCAUAGUGAAAUUGAGAAGAGUGAAAGAAAGAAAAGAAGCUAUAGCAACAGUACUGUAGCAGAAGAAAUUCCAGUAAAAAGAAAGAAGGCGAAAUUGAGCCAAGAGGAGGACCCUUAUUUGCCAUUAGAUACUGGGCUUUCUCUGGCAGAGGAUGAAGAGCUUGUACUACAUCUGCUCAACAGUCACGGCUAAUUAUUUUUCUGUGCAUUUUCUUUUCUGGGAUGUCUCCACAAUUUUGUCAGUAGUCUGCACAAAAUGAAUUUGGCAGCUGGGCAGCUGGGUACCAGUGGACGUAGAUAAAUGAGUUCCAUGUGCAAUGGGAUUGCCUUAGAUUGUCUCACAGAUUAUAGACAGUAUUUAGUUUGAUUUAUAAUGCUUUCUAAAUGAACUUUCCAACCUAAAUCCCCAGAUGUCAUUUUGCAGUAACGUGUUCAUAAUUUAAAAUCUCCAAGUUCUGAAGCAAUUAUCUUUUUUUAUUUUAAUCUUGCUUUAAAUAAAACCAGGAUGCUUCUUUCUUGACUGUGUCAGGUUUUUUAUUUUAGAAGAUAAAUGUGUACUAAAAUUAUUAAAGAAAUAUGGUUGGCAGCUCAAAUCAUAUUACUUAAAAUGCAUUUUUUUUCUUCUGUGUAUCAUGCACAUAUUUUUAAAAUAUUUUAAUAAAAAUUUCUGAAGCCUUG